UAAACAGUGACAAGGAAGAAAACGGAUGGCGUAUAUUAGAAGACGAUGAACACACUCAGUGAAUACAGUAAAUAAUGUGAUUGAAAUGUCACACAUUUUGAAAACGAAGCCAAAAUACCUCAAGCAUUUUCUUUGCAGUUCAAGCACUGUUAUAGGAUAGUUCAAUCCAGGAAUUCGAAACGGAAGAACUGGCAAGAAAGGACUGCAAAACUAUAAAUGUCGGCUAAAAGUAUUCGACAAAAAAGAACGUGACAUGAAAGCCCAUCUCUACUAACUUUUGCCACAAUGAACGUAAGGGAAGCCAAUUACUAUCCAAGAAGAACAAUGAACGAUGCUCGAUAUUACAAUACAUACAUCAAUUAUGGUGCAGGAGACUACACCAGCAGAGAUUGGACUGGUGGUGGGUGGGAAGAUAGGGACUCCAUUGAUACGAGUUUCAGUACAGAUUCAUACAUGGUCCAGAAGGGCGGUCGAGAAAAUGAGAUUGAGCCCUUGAAGGAUGGAGACCCACAGAAGGACGGAAGUUCUUCCCUCACCGCGGACACUGACAUGGACGUGGAUGGACAGCCUGUGGAACUCAACGAUGACGACCAGGAGCUUUCUAGAAAGAAGAAAGAGCUGCAGUUGAUUGAGGAGCAGAUCAUCCUCAAAAAGGCUUCCAUUGCGAUGAAACAAGUGGCACCUAUUUUAAAGGCGAUGGAAGUUGAAGAGUUGAAUAAAAGAAAGUUUGCUGAAGAAGUGGAAGAUGACCUCACGCAGCAGAAAACUCAAAGCGGCAGCAAACUCCAAACCCAGUAUGUUAAAGAUGCACCUUUUAGAGACAGGGUGAAUGGAAUUUUACUAAACCGCAAGAACACCAGAGAAAGUCCUGCAAAGGCAUCUGCCCAGCCAAUGAAAGGAUCUCCUCAGCAGCCCAGAGCUCUCUUCCAGCCACCCACAAUGGCAAAAAGCUUUGUGGAAAGGAUGAAUGCUUCUAUCUUGAAAAAGGAUGGGUACCUGAAGAAGAGCCCUCCAAAGCAGAAAGAGGAAGAACAUCCGUUGAAACACAGAGUGAAGGAUCUGAUGGAGCGGCGGUGUCAUCCUGGUUUUGCACCGCCGUCAAAUCAAAAGGUUCUCGAAGUUGAGUGUGACCGUCCCAUCCAGAACCCUGUUGACCCAGACCCAGAGCAGGACCCCGCUUCCAAGGGCUUCCAGUGCUUCCUCAACAUUCUCAACAGGGGCGUGGACAUCGACAGGCUGGCCAAGAUCGUCAACGACAUUCCGUGUGAAGAGACGGAGCUUGGACAUCUCCAGCCUGAAGGGAGUGGAGAAGGGUCCCACGGCGGAGCUCCACCAAGGCAAGGGUCCCACAGCAGAGCUCCACCACAGCAAGGGUCCCACGGCGGAGCUCCACCACGGCAAGGGUCCCACAGCAGAGCUCCACCACAGCAGGGGUCCCACGGCGGAGCUCCACCACGGCAAGGGUCCCACGGCGGAGCUCCACCACAGGACCACAGUUGCUCCACAAGUGGAGAGAGGACGGUCGGAACAGCAGCGGACAAUCACACACUCUCUCUCUUGAGAGAAAAGUCACCCACAAGGGACCAAACAACGGGCCGCAGGUCAGAGCCUCUCCCGGCGGAGGUGAAGAAGGACGUGAACCCCGAGGACGAGCGCAAGUACGGGCAGAUGCACGAUCUCCUGCAGACCAUCGGGCUGGACCUGGGGGCGGCUGAGGUGGGACAGCUGUCGGACCGCAUCCAGGAGAGGCUGUACGGCAAGAACGGGCACACGGAGACCAAGAGAGGGAGGAGGGAGGACGAGAGAAAGAGGAAGCAGAGGGACAAACAGAGGGAGAGGGAGCAUUUGCCGAAACGGCAUCAUAGCUCUCUAUCGUCAGACAGCACCAGUCCCAGCCCUCUACCGCACCGGCGUUCUCCGAGGAAGGCAUCUCGGGACAGUGGCGAGGUCCACCCAGCUGCUAGAGACGGUGACUCCCGGGACAAAGACCAGGACGGUUGUUUAGAUAAUUCUAUGGGACAGUCCAUCCCGACUCUGACUCGCUCCUUCCCUAGCCACCCCAUGCCCUACCCUGCUCCAGCUCCUGUAGACAUGACCUCAACUUACACCCCGCCUCAGCAACCUCAAUACAUGGCACAGCAUUUAAGCCACCACCCUAACACCAUCCCCCCUGCAUGGGGGUACACACCUAGUCCCGAUGUAUAUUUGCCUUACGCCCCACCGUAUCCUCAUCAUCAUCCUAAUCCACCGUAUUACUUUGACGGCUCUCUUGCGGCCUUUAGCCACACACAGGUAUGCUAUCCACCGCCCGGCUACCUUCCACCUCCAGACGCGAGCAGCGUCCAAGGGCCAUGCCACGCCCACUGGAGUGUAACUCGCCAACCGCACGGGUGGUGACGACCCCCGGCCGUCCGCAGACCACUCCCCGCUGCAUGAAACACUGCAGGUGAAACACUAACAGGAAGGAGGAGCUUUGGACUGUCAUUAACAUAAGAAGGGAUAAAUAUGUCUGCUAAUAGGUGAGGAUGAACUGCCAGUGAUGAGGAAUUGGUGCUCCCCAGGCCCCUGUGAAGGGAUCUGAGUCUCUGAAACAAAACAAAACGGAGCAAGUUAAAGAGCCACUGAAGGGAAGGAGUGACUAGGCCAUUAGUCAAAUGACAUUAUGGUGACAAAUGUUCCUAUUUGAUAGAAUAAGGUGUUCAAAUGGGAGUUGAAAUCCAACAAAUGUGAAUGUCAUAUUUAAUUGGCGUUACCUCAAAUCCCACUGUAUUUUGUUAUGAGUAUUUAAAACAUUUUUAAGUUUGUUCUAAAAAAGUUAUGGUAUUGCUUGAAGCAAAUUUAUACACAUUUUGUAGAUGUUCCAAUGUGGUAAAAAAUAAAAGGUGCUGACACAUUGGUUUGUUUUGGUUUAUCUGGCACUAUUCUCACGUUAUACACAUC